AUGCCACAGAUCCCCGUAAUAGUGUGUGAAAUCUUCGAUGUGUGGGGGAUGGAUUUCAUGGGACCCUUCCCAUCGUCGGAAGGGAAUCUUUAUAUUCUAGUGGCAGUGGACUACGUGUCCAAGUGGAUAGAGGCUAAGACGACAAGGACGUGUGAGUCCAAGGAGGUGGCAAAGUUUUUAAAAUCAAAUAUCUUUACUCGGUACGGGGUACCAAGAGCCAUCAUCUCUGAUCAAGGAACUCAUUUCGUCAACCGGACCAUUGAAGCUUUAAUGAGAAGAUACGGCGUCCACCACCGACUGUCCACACCUUACCACCCCCAAUCAAAUGGCCAAGCUGAGGUGUCUAACCAGGAGAUCAAGGCGGUCUUGGAGAAGACGGUGAACCCUACAAGGAAGGAUUGGAGCCGUCGACUGGAGGACGCGCUCUGGGCAUAUAGGACCGCUUUCAACAAACCAAUCAGAAUGUCCCCUUACCGUUUGGUUUUCGGGAAAAUGUGCCAUUUACUUGUGGGAAUCGAGCAUCGGGCCUUCUGGGCGAUCAAAGAGAUGAAUCUGAAUGCCGAGUCCUGUGCUGAAGAAAGGAGAUUGCAGCUGCAAGAGCUUGAGGAGCUCCGCCUUGACGCUUACGACUCUGCCAUGUGGUAUAAAGAAAGGACAAAAAUGUGGCAUGACAAGAACCUCCGAAAGAAUGAGCUCAAGGUGGUACAGAAGGUCUUGCUUUUCCAAUCAAGACUCAAGUUGAUGCCUGGAAAAUUAAGGUCAAGGUGGAUAGGCCCCUAUACCAUCAUCGCCAUACGAGCAAAUGGAGCAAUCGAACUCCAAGGAAGUAACCCUGAUUCGUCUUCCUUUUUGGUGAAUAGGCAUAGAGUGAGCCUUACAGAGAUGGAACUGAGCUGUGCAUGGUGGACGACAUUCCACUGCUCAUGCCUAACCCUCUUCAGUGAACGCAUGUAUAAGGAGUGA